AUGCAGAAUAUCUCAUGCCGUCACCCGUUGGCCCGGAGCAACAUCUGUGGUGAUGACGUCCGUGCGGGCGGGGUAGCAUUUUUGACGCCUCAAUAUCCAUCAACGUGGGUUUUUCAAAUCAAAAAGCCCUACACGGUACUGGUAGCGCCCUCGACUCACGUGGAUGAUGCUCCAUGCUCACAAGGUGGGUUGCGGGUGUUCGGCCGCGAUCUGCCUCGGCUCGCCAAAUGGCCAGCCGAGCCCUGGACCGACGUAGGCCCAGCUCCGACGUAG